AAUAAAAAAGGAAUACUUACGUACAGAUCGUAGCUUUGUGAUAAUUAAGGAUGAAAAAAUAACCUAUACAUGUCGGUAUGAAUGAUAUGUCUAUUAUCUAUGUUAUGAAAGGAUAGAUUUUUUUUUUUUUUUUGACCUAUGAAAGGAUAGAUUGUGAGGAUAUAUUUUGUAUACUUUAUACAUAAUAAUUUAAAAUAACCGUGCGUUGUAAAUUCAAAUUUUCCAUGUUAUUUUUUAAUAUAUAUGCAAUAUGCUAUUAUAGAAUUCUCAAGUCAUUAAAUUUAAGUCCUUCCCCUUUCUUGGAUCAGUUUCAUUGAUAUUUUCUUGGACAGAGACUUCUUUGAUCGACCGCGCGAAGGGGUUGCGUUAUAAGUUUGUUGUUCACGAGAUUAGAUACUUCUUCUAUCCUAAGUCUAAGGCUCUAAACAAGAUUUGUCAAGUACUGAUUUUACUUGUUUCUGCAGACCAAAAGGAUCAGCUGGAAUCGGAAAACCAGAGCAUGCUUCUGAAAUUUGGUUCACAGCUUGACCAAAACCUUAAGGAUCUGCAUAGAACAGUUCUUGGAUCAGUCUCUCAGCAACAACAACAAUUAAGAACUAUGGAGGAACAUACCCACACAUUUCUUGUUCAUAUAUAUGAUGCAACACAGGAUCUGGAAUCAAGAAUUGGAAAAAUAGCAGCCUUGAAGGAACUAUAUGAAAUUAUACAAAAGAAGGCCUCCUCUAAUCUGGAGAAGAACUCCUCUAUAGUAUCACAAAUAGCGGCGGUUGAGAAAUUUCUCACUAUAUCAGCAACAGAGGCUUCUGCAGUCGCUCAUGACAUCCACAAUACACUUAAUGAUCAGAAGAUUGAAGAUUACCUUGAAGAUUGCUUGGGAAGGGCCAAUGAUUCUAAAACUUUGUGGGAGACCACUGAAACAGGCAUAAAGAACCUUAACACGAAGUAUCAACAAGUACUUAAUGUCACAAUGGAGGACAUGGCAAAAGAAAGUGAGAGGGGGUACGAUGUACAUAUAGGGACAUGGCAAAACUCUCUUCUCCAUUGAGGCUUCACAAUCAGCACAAACAAAGGGAGCAAAGACCAAAUUGAGCCAUGCAGAUAUGUCAAACCGUAGCAGUACAGGUGAGUUCUCUCUCAUAUGGCGCCCUUUGUCAAAGAGAUCAAGAAAUUCACACAAAGCAUGCAGCAGGUUUGACAAUGUUAGAUGUGAAUGAGGCUUGGUUUGUUGGGUUGUUGCUAACACCAAACUGGUCCGGUUGAUGGGAUGUUGUUGAGAACUAGAGACGCUAGUUAGCAUAGGGAUAAAAGGGAUUUGGUUCUUCCAGUUAACAAACAAAGUCACAAAUUGAGUAAGGGCCAGGGAUCUACCAUACAUUUUGUUACUACAAAUCAUUCUAGGUAAGUGGAUUCUCAGAUGCAGUCUUCGGACACCGAGUUCAACCAACGAACAAAAGAGAUGUUUACUAGAUAACAUAAGGAUAGAUAGAGUAGACCUGGGAUUUUAGAAGUUGGGCAAGACCAAUUGGGAUGCUAGCAAUCCAAGUUCAAGUCCUGAGCUCAUCCGCAGAGAUCCAAUAGACUUUGGGGAUGACCAGGGGAGUUGACAUGGGUCUGCCAAGCUCAUAGUGUGACAGAUCUUAGAGACGGGAGUCCAAAAACGGAGACAAUUCGCAACUCUGGAAGAUUCCUCGCCAAACAUCGACACAUGUGCUGUUGAGGAAGAGGAGACUUCAAUGGCAAAGCACAAUCCGGAUUGGGGAAAAGAUAAGCACAAAGACUUUGGUACCAUCAACGAUAAGGCUGGACGAGGAUAGAUGAGGAUGGGGUUCGCCGGACUCCAGAUCCUUCUGUAGGGGCACAAUAUCAGGCAUUCGUCUAGCUUUAGGGUAGGUGUCGUGGUUUUGUCGGGGAACAAAAGAAGAAAACAAAAGGGGAAAAAAGCUUGAGGGAUGAAACUAAAGGAAUAAAGAAAGUAGAAAAGGAGC